AUGGUGUGCGCGGGCGAGUCCCGUAGUCGCGCUGACUCCUGCCAGGUGGGUGCAAGGGUCGGGUCGUUCGGGGACCCUUGGGUGAGGUCCCACGAGGGAAGGUUUCGGGCUGAGAACGGGCACGAUUCGGUGCAGCCGGCAGCACCCAGAGGGGAUUUGGGAAUGGCUCGUGACGGGCACAGGACCUUCGGCUUCAUCUCCGUCUUCAUCCUCGCAGCCGGAUUGUUGCUGCCCACCCCGUCGCUGGCGCAAGCUCAGGUGAAGGUCAACGAAGGCUAUGACCUGUCGGACCAGGACGAGUCCCGUAUCAUCGGCGGGCGACCCUGCUCCAUCAACCAACGCCCUUUCCAAGUUGCCCUCAUCAAGAGGGGUCAAAUCCUGUGUGGAGGAAGCUUGAUAGAUGCCCAAUGGGUCCUGACGGCUGCCCACUGCAGGCAGCCAAUCAGAGAUGUCCAGGUGUUAAUCGGGACGGGCACGUUACGGGAUGGAACGGGAGAGGUGAGGUUGAUUUCAAGACAAAUUGUCCAUCCGGCCUACAACCCCCGCAAGAAUGACAACGACUUCAUGGUCCUGCGGCUGAACAGACCCGUGCGCUUCAGCAACAGCAUCAAGAAGAUCAGAUUAGCCACGAGGUGUCCCAUGGACGGGAUGAGGUGCACCGUCUCUGGCUGGGGCACGACCAAGUCCCCUGGAGCAAAGCUGCCCAAAGAUUUGCAGUGUGCCACCAUCGAAACCUUUGGGAGGGACAAGUGCGCCAGGGCGUACGGCAACGCCAUCACCCCCAACAUGUUCUGCGCCGGCGUCCCCCAGGGGGGCGUGGAUUCCUGCCAGGGUGACUCCGGGGGUCCCUUGGUGUGCAACGGGGUGCUGCAAGGCGUGGUCUCGUGGGGCAUGGCCGUCUGCGGGCGCGCGGGACAACCCGGCGUCUACGCCAACGUCUGCCAAGCUGUGCCCUGGAUCAGGAAAUUCAUCGGGAAUCAGUGA